AGAAGAGAAAGAUCAGCUGAGUCCUUUGGGCCUGAUCAAAAAUACAGGAGCUGCUGAUUUCAACGACUUCGGCCUAACUCUCUCCAGAACAAUGAAUUUUACAAGUUAUAUCUUAGCUUUUCAGCUUUGUGUGAUCUUGGCUUCUUCUAGCUGCUACGGCCAGUCCACAAUCCUUAACGAAACAGAAAAACUAAAGAAAUAUUUUAAUGCAAGUAAUUCAGAUGUAGGAAAUGGUGGAGCCCUUUUCUCAGAUAUUUUGAACAAUUGGAAAGGGGAGACUGACAUAAAAAUAAUUCAGAGCCAAGUUGUCUCCUUCUACUUCAAACUCUUUGAAAACUUUAAAGAUAAUGAGCUCAUUCAAAGUAGCAUGGAGAUUAUCAAGGAAGAGCUGCGUGUUAAAUUCUUCAACAGCAGCAACAGCAAACUGGAAGACUUCAAGAAGCUGAGUCAAAUUCCGGUGAAUGAUGUGGCCAUCCAGCGCAAAGCGAUGAGUGAACUCUACAAAGUGAUAAGUGAGCUGUCACCAAAAGCUGGCCUAAGGAAGAGAAAGAGGAGUCAGACUCUGUUUCGUGGCUGGAGAGCAUCGAAAUAAUGGUCAUCCUGCCUGCAAUAUUUGAAUGUUUAAAUCUAAAUCUAUUUAUUAAUAUUUAAUAUUUUACAUUAUUUAUAAGGGGAAUAUACUUUAAACUCAUGAUCAAAUUAUUUAUAAAAGCAACUUUUAUCUAAUGAAAAUGAAUAUAUAUUAAUAUAUGUAUUAUUUAUAAUUCCUGUAUCCUAUGACUAUUUCACUUGACCUUUUUUUCUGAGUAGGCAAAACUAUGUGAUUACAAGGCUUUAUCUCAGGGGCCA